GGUCAUAUUAAAUUGUGACGAGACUUCAUCACAAGGCGCCUGGUUUUAUUAGUUGACUUUUGACCUGGGUCACCAAACAAAAUAAAUAAAAUACUAUUUAAAAAAUUAAAAAUACUCUUCAAAAUUAAAUCAAUAUCCAUUUGAACAUUAAACUUGGACGUGGACACCUCCAAUGGGAUUAUUACAGCAGCAGUAAAUCUUGAAUUGCAGACAGGAAGUUAUGCUCUACUAUUCCAAAAGCUGCAUAGACGUCAACUGAUCAAAAGACCACAUGCAAUUCUUGUUGAGAAAAUAGAACAUAAAAGCAUACCAAGUUUAAAUACUGGGUGUACUCUUAUGCGAGUGUGUAUUAAUGUGUAUAACUGGAAAGAGAAAAAAAAAAAGAAGAAAAAAAAAAAAAAUAAAAUAAGAUAGCAAGAGCGAAGAUAUCGUUAAUAUAUAAUAGCCGGUUCUCGAAAAAGUAAACUUGUGCUAAACUUGGUUCCCAGAUUCUUUCAAUAUUACAACAACAACCAAACGGGAGUGAACGUUAUUCACUUGUGUGUGAGGUAAGCAAGACAGUUAUAACAUUCAGUUCAGUGGUGAACAGUGUGCGCGAAUGAUCAAAAAAUAUAUUCAUCAUCAUCAACACACAAAAAUUUAAUUAAAAAAAAAAAAUCAUUGACUCAAGAAUAUUAUUUAAAAUAAAUAAUUUAAAAAUAUACAAAUAAAUGAAAAUUUAUUGAUAUUAUUAAUGAUAAAAUAAUAUACAAUAAUGGCAAGUGUUGAUUCAAACUUGGAAGAUUUAAUGUCUCAUCUCGGUGAGUUUGGAAAAUAUCAAUUAUUACAAUACUUGCUACAUGUGUUAUCAGGUUUAACAGCUGGUCUUCAUAUGGUUAGCCUUGAAACAAUAGCAGCAGUGCCAAAUUUUAAUUGUACAAAAUACAUAAUUGAACCAACAAUAAAUGAUAUUAUUGAAAAAACAACAUGUAAUUAUAUAAAUAAUAAUAAAACAUAUGAUUGUAUUGAAUGGAAUUAUGAUACAAGUUAUUAUAAAUCAAGUAUUGGAAUGGAUUGGAAUUUUGUAUGUUCAAAUAGAUGGAAGGGUGCUAUUGCAAAAUCAGCAUAUAUGCUUGGUGUACUUGCUGGUGCUGUAAGCCUUGGAUCAAUGGCUGAUAAAUAUGGUAGAAAAAUUAUAUUUUGUAUAUCAGGUACAGCACAAUUAAUAAUUGGUUUAUGUGUUGCAUUUAUUGGUGUUUAUGGUGAUUAUUAUACAUGGGUUAUUGUUAGAUUUUUAUUUGGUAUAUUUGGUUCAGCUGGUGCUUAUAUACCUGGUUUUGUAUUGACCAUGGAAAUGGUUGGUCCAACAAAACGUACAGUAUGUGGUAUGAUGUUUCAAAUGACAUUUGCAUUUGGUAUUGUACUUGUUGCAUUUUGGGCAUCAUUUAUUAAAGAUUCAAUGUGGCUACAAAUAACAUAUGCACUACAUGCAAUAUUAUUAUUACCACAUUGGUGGAUUAUGGAUGAAUCACCACGUUGGUUAUGGGCACAAGGACGUUAUCAAGAAGCAUUUAAAAUUGUUAAAAAUGCACUUGUUAUUAAUGGUAGUAAUGUUAAACUUGAUAUUAAUAAUUACAUUAAAAACAAUAAACAAUCUAAAAAUCAAAUUAAUAAUGAUGACGAUGAUAAGAUUAAUAAAACUUAUAGUGCAAUUGAUUUAUUAAAAACUCCAAAUUUAAGAAAAAAAUUUUUAAAUGUUUGCUUAAAUUGGAUUGCAUGUGCUAUUAGUUAUUAUGGUCUUACAUUGAGUUCAGCAAAAGGUCAUGGUAAUCCAUAUUGGAAUUUAGCAUUAAAUGCACUUGUUGAAGUACCAAGUUAUAUAUUUGCUAGUUAUACAAUGGAUAAAUUAGGAAGAAGAUGUUUAUCAAGUACAUUUUUAUUGAUUGGUGGUACAUGUUGUAUACUUGCUGGUUUUAUAACAACAUUUCCAAUAUUAAUAUCACUUAUUGGAAAAGCAUGUAUUGCAUUAUCAUUUGCUGUUAUUUAUAAUUAUACUGCUGAAUUAUUUCCAACUGUAUUGAGAAAUACUGCUGUUGGUAUUGGUUCAAUGUGUUGUCGUUUUAGUGGUGCAUUAACACCUUUGUUAUUAUUACUUGAUGAUUUAGAUAAAAGUAUACCAUCAACUAUUUUUGGUAUCAUUGCAUUGUUGUCAGGUUUUUUAACUUUAUUUUUACCUGAAACUGCGGGACAACAAAUGCCAGAGACACUUGAAGAUGGUGAAAAAUUUGGUAUUGGUGAUACGUGUUUUACAACUUGUCUUGGAAGAAAAAAUACUGAUGAUGUUUAUGAUGUUGCAUUGAAACCUAUGAAUGUUAAUGAGACUGAAAAAUCAAGUGACAGUGAUGAGAAUCUAAAAAAUUAAUUUUAUUUAAUGUAUUUUGUUUUUUUUUUUUUUUUAUUGGUUUUAAGAAAAAGGGGCUAUUAAAAUGAUGGUGCUAAACAGGGUGCUGAUUUUUUUUUUUUAAUAUGAUUAAUAAUUAUUUUAUUAAAUUUAUGUGAUGAUGUAAUGAUAGUGGAU